UGGGCUUUUAACAUGUAAUAUUUAUCAUUGCCUCAUGACCCGGUCAUUCUGACUGCUUGCGUAUGAUUUUUACUCGAUCUUUUUACUCAAUCUGAAACUAAAAAGUGUAAAGCAUCUUGAAACUGCUUUUCUGUUUGAAUUAAAAAAAACUAAUUGAGAACUAUUUCGCUCGACCUUCACAUUUAAAGUUGACGACUAUAAGCACUUGGUAGAUAAACAUGCUCAAUAUAAUACACAUUUUCAUAGGUGCUUUGGCAACGGGAAAAUUGUGCCAAACUUACAUUUAAGCCUUUAUCUUUUAGAUACUAAAUGAGGCAGUUAAUGUACUGGAGGUCACAGUCGUGAAGGCCGAAAAUGUUACUAAUGGUGCAUUUUCUGACGCAUUUUGAAUUUGUUUAUGUAGUUGACACACCAGAUCCGUAUGUGGUCUUAAGAGUUCGAACUAGUCCUAACAUGAAGCAAAGAACUGAAACAAAGUCGAACACCAAAACUCCUGUCUGGAAUGAGACAUUCAAGUUUUACUUAAGCAAUGAAAAAGAAAACAAACUGGAAAUCACAAUGAACGAUGACGACUUUCUCUCCGACGAUUUUAUUGGUUCUAGAACCAUUGAACUGAAUAAACUCCCUGUGAAUCAAGUAAUUUCAAGAUCUGUGAGAAUCAACGAGAAAACAAGUCUUGAACUAAAGUUGAGUAUCAAAACAGAUAUGAAAAAAGAACUCAGACUGAGUUAUGAUUUAUGUGAAGAAGAAAAAGAAUUUCUGCACAAAAGGAAUAACCUAAUACUGCAACACAUGGUCGAAGUUCUUGGAGACGAAUACGGUCCAAAAACAGAAAACGAGGUACCUGUGGUUGCAAUAAUGGGAUCAGGAGGUGGCUACAGGGCUGCAUGUGGAUUAUCAGGUGUAUUUAGCGCACUUCAAGAAUCGUGUAUUCUGGAUUGUGCUACCUAUGUAGCUGGACUCUCUGGCUCAUCAUGGUACUUAUCAACACUGUAUCACAAACCCGCCUGGCCAACAAGCAUCACUUGCAAUAACAUGGCCGAUGAAUUGCGGGAAAGAUUUAACAAAAGUCCAUUGGAAAAUCUUAAGCUGAAUUUUAUUUCGCGCUUGAGAGCAAAAGAAAAACGAGGAAAAAUCACCAAAUUGGUGGACUUAUUUGGAUAUUUCAUUGGGGAAAGCUUACUUGAUAACACUGGCGCUAAACUAAGCGACCAAUGCUAUCGAGUUAAAGAUGCGCAUGCUCCGUUGCCUAUCACAGCCGCUGUCCACGUGCGCCUGGAUGAACCGGCAAAAGAAUUCAGUGAAUGGGUUGAAUUCACACCGUAUGAGUACGGUUUUGCCAAGUAUGGUGUGUUCGGAAAGACAAAAGAUUUUGGCGGGAAAUUCUACAAAGGACAACUUGUAAAGAAAUAUAAAGAGCCACAACUGUCGUAUUUGCAAGGUAUUUGGGGAAGUGCUUUCAGCAUAAUUUUAAACACAUUAACUAAUAAAGACGACAAGUCAGAUCACGAAAUUCAAAGCGAAAUGGCCAAACAUGCUUUGAAGGAAGCAAAAGAAUGCAAAACUGAAGCAGACGACAGCGACGAGGAUGAUGACGAAGACGAAAAAGAAAAUGAUAGCGAAGAUGGGCCAAAGUCACCUGAAGAUGUAUACGAAAGUAAUAAGUGGUGGUUAUUGGAAGCCCUAAACCCAUUUAACGUGAUGUCGAGUCGUCGAGGAAAAGCUGCAGUGGUUUUUAAUGCUUUACGGGGAUUGGAAUUCAAAAAAGAACAAAAUGAUACUUAUAACAAAGUGACGGGAUAUCAAAAGACGAUUUGCCUCGUCGACGCUGGUAUUGCCUUUAACUCUCCAUAUCCAGUUUUGCUACGACCUGAGCGAAAAGUUGAAAUAAUUUUGUCGUUUGAUUUUUCUCAACGAGACGGCGGAGAUAAAGAAAAACCAUUUUCUGAACUUCUGAAAGCAGAAAAGUGGGCGAAGGAAAGUGGGUUGCUGUUUCCUCCUAUAGAAGGAAACACAUUGCUGGAUAAACCUGAGAUUCAAGAAUGUUAUGUAUUUCAAGAUGCUUCCAAUUCAAAGUGUCCAGUUAUUUUACAUUUUCCAAUCGUAAACAAGACAUUUAGAGAGUUCAGCAAACCAGGGGUACGUCGUGUGACAAAAGAGGAGAAGGACUUUGGUAACUUCCCAAUAUUUGACGACCCCAGUCAACCAUAUUCAUCGUUCAAGUUUGAAUACACCAAGGAACAUUUUGACCGACUCCAUCAUCUUAUGAAGUAUAACACUUUGGCAAACAUGCAAACCAUUAAAGAUGCGAUUUCUGCCAGAGUUCAAUUCAAAAGAAAUAAUAUCAAAGAAUAGGGAGAACUUUAUAACAACUUGCCAACUAAAUCAUAAUUGUUGACUUAAGUUUCUAAAUGCAUUUUCUUUGACUGUAAGAACGGUAGCAUUGGCAUAGACGUAAAGUUUUUUGUUUUUGUCUUCUUAUCAGUAUUCGCAAUAUUUCAUUUAACGCAGCUUAACAAUCAAGUGUCAAGACAAUAUUACAAAGAUGACAACAUUAAAUGAAUAUGUUUGGAAAA